UAUUGGUGGGUCUUUGGGGAGAGAAUUAAAGACCAUGUAUAUAUAAUAUACAACUGAAGCAUGAACAACUGACCGGAUUGUGUCCGAGGAAGUAAAACUAAAGAGAGACUCUAAAAAACUAACACUUCUUUAAGAGAGAGAGAGAGAGAUGGGUAGAAGUCCUUGCUGUGCUAAGGAAGGACUGAAUAGAGGAGCAUGGACAGCAAUGGAAGAUAAGAUACUAACAGACUACAUUCAAAUGCAUGGUCAAGGAAAAUGGAGAAAACUACCCAAAAGAGCAGGUCUCAAGAGAUGUGGCAAGAGUUGCAGGCUAAGAUGGUUAAAUUAUUUAAGACCUGAUAUUAAGAGAGGCAAUAUAACAAAUGAUGAAGAAGAGCUCAUUAUCAGACUUCACAACCUACUUGGGAACAGGACAUCACAUCAUAUGAAUAUAUACGUUGACACAACAUGCUGUAGUGGAUGCAGAUGGUCCCUCAUUGCUGGGAGGUUGCCAGGGCGAACAGACAAUGAAAUAAAGAAUUAUUGGAACACCAUUAUUGGCAAGAAAUUGCAAAACCAAGAAAAUACCUCUUCAACUCAUACUCAAUCGAACCAAUCUCAUCAAAACGUACCAAACCCUACUAUCAAAAACUCCAUAUCACAAUAUGCUAAUGAUGGUGAUGCAAAAUUGUCCCCUACCAACCAAGUGGUGGUUCCUAGAAAGCCAAGAAAGUGCGAUGACGUUAAGGCAGUGGCGGCACCACCAUCAGUGGCUACAAGUGUCUCAGGCAGUGAUGAUAUAUUGGUACCAGAAUCAUCACCACCAUUGGAAUUUACUUUGGGGGAGGAUAAUAAUCCAAGUGAUAUAUUGUUAGAUUUUGAGAUGGGUGAACAGCUUCUGUUUGAUCUGCUUAACGCAGAUUAUUCUGAGCUGAAUAGUUUUGAUCAUGGAGAGGCUACUGACAGUAACUUAUGUGAUAUUCAAGGCCACUUAUCUUCGGAUUCUGAUAAAAGCAUCUUGGUCUCGAACGAUCAUGUAAUGCACGACUCUGGAUUUCCUUCAAUUGAUUCUUUGAUGGAGUCCGAACUCGAUUGGUUUUGAGAUUAAGUUUUAGACAGUAAUUAAGAAAAAAAAAUAAAAAAAUCUAAAGUUAGUUUCAGGCAGCCAUGGCUGCCUUUAGUUGAAUAUGUAUGUAUGUUUGUUAAUUAUAUUGAGUCAUAAUGUGGCCUGUCAUGAGAAUGUAUAGCUUCUCUCCUUAUGUUUCUUGCCCCAGACAUGCAAGCAUGUAAAUUUAUUUUGUUAGUUUUUUUUUUAUAAGAAGAAACCUGGAUAUUCCAUUAGUUUUUUUUUUUAAAGAAAUAUAGAUAUUUCAUUAUUA